AUGGUGCCUCCCACGUUUGAUCCCAAAAGAUUUUACAAAUUAGAAGAGGAAGAAUAUGAGGACAUACCAAGCGACUGCGACAGUUUUGUAGGAGGAGAUAAGUCAAGUGACAGUGAUUCCGACUAUGAUGCCAAUGAUGAUUCUGGUGCAACUCCUCAAGAAAACUCGCCAAUGAAAAGAAAGGACAUUCACACUGUGAGUGACACCUCAGACACAGAAACGGAUGACGACCCGCCAGUAACCAUCUCAAAAAUUCCCGUGUGGAGUGCGACUUAUCGGAUGUGUCCGCCACUCGCCUUUUUGUCUGAGCCUGGUGUUCCUAGUCACAUCACGGACCUUGAGGACAAAAGUCCAUUUGGCAUUUUUAGUCUUUUGUGGACCCCAUCCUGGAUGCAAAGCGUGGUUUUUCAAACCAACCUGUAUGCUCAGCAGGACCGCAAGUCAUACACACCUGCAUCGGAACAAGAGAUGCGUUGCUUUUUGGGCCUGAAUCUUUUGAUGGGAAUCAAACGAAGCCCAAGCUACCGGGACUACUGGUCCAGUGCACCUGACCUUCAUGAUCCAUUCAUCUCGAAACUGAUGACAGUGAACAGAUUUGGUUGGUUUUUAUCACACCUUCAUCUGAAUGACAAUGUCCUGCAGCCCCAAAGGGGUCACCCUGACUUCGACAGGCUGCACAAGGUGCGGCCACUUCUGACCGAGCUUUUAACAACCUUUGCAGACAACUACCUGCCCACGGAGUUUGUGGCGAUUGAUAAAUCGAUGAUUAAGUUCAAGGGCAGGAGUUGUCUGAAACAGUACAUGCCGAAAAAGCCGGUGAAGCGCGGCUACAAGGUCUGGAUGCUGUGUACUGGGUACAAUCUUAAGUUUGAGAUCUAUUCCGGAAGAUCGGAAAGCGGCGUCCAAAAGGAGUUGGGCGCGCAGGUGGUAAAGAACAUGUGUCAAGGCCUCGCUGGUAAAUACCACCGGGUGUUUUUUGAUAACUAUUUUACCAGCUAUAACUUUCUGAAGGAGUUGAGAGAGGCAGACAUCUAUGCAUGCAAAACAGUCACAAACCGAAGACACUAGCCGAAAUUACAAGCCGACAAAUCAAUGACAAGAGGGGACACAGACUAUUCAGUGAGUGAUGAGAGCCUGUGCUGCUUCAAGUGGAAGGACAAGAGAACAGUUCACCUCUUGUCGAACUUCCAUGACCCGGCAGAUGAAGUCGAAGUUGACAGAAAAAACAAGGACGGAACUGUCAGCAAGGUACCCUGCCCUGCAGCCUUGCAAGACUACAACCGCAAUAUGAAUUUCGUAGACAAGUUUGAUCAACUGAAAGGUCAAUACCAGGUUGACAGAAAAUCACGGAAGUGGUGGCACAGGAUUUUCUUCCAUUUUCUCAAUUGCUGCGUUGUGAAUGCGUUCAUAAUCUUCAAAGAACUUGAAGAUUCCGAAAAGAUGACCCUCAAAGACUUUUGCAGAAGUGUCAUUGCAUCAUUGACUGCAGAAGGACAAGUUGGCUCUAGCUCUAAGCGAAAGUCAUCAACCCACCAGACUGUCCAACUGAAAAAGUCAAAGCCCUACGUAGCCCCGAUCAUCCGUGACACUGAGUCCAAGCACCAGCCAAAGAAAUGCACGUCACGGAGGUGUGCAAAUUGCAGCACGAAAGUGCAACCCACAAGAACAACAUGGAUGUGCGAAACCUGCAGCGUCCCACUCUGCCUUAGGAAAGAAAAAAAUUGCUUCUCGAAUUUCCACAGGAAGUGA